CGGCAGUUUGGCCACGUCCCUGGCCACGUCGCGCCCGCUCUCGCCAUCUUCGCCGCUUCCUCUCAGGGGCCGCCGCUGCCGCCUGAGCCGCCGAGCCCCGGGGCCGCCGCGCCGACCGCCGCCGCCAUGAACAUCUUCCGGCUGACCGGGGACCUGUCCCACCUGGCGGCCAUUGUCAUCCUGCUGCUGAAGAUCUGGAAGACGCGCUCCUGCGCCGGUAUUUCUGGAAAAAGCCAGCUUCUCUUUGCACUGGUCUUCACAACUCGUUACCUGGAUCUUUUUACUUCAUUUAUUUCAUUAUAUAAUACAUCUAUGAAGCUCAUCUAUAUUGCCUGCUCCUACGCCACGGUGUACCUGAUCUACAUGAAAUUCAAGGCGACCUACGACGGAAACCAUGAUACCUUCCGAGUGGAGUUCCUGGUGGUCCCCGUGGGAGGUCUCUCCUUUCUAGUCAAUCACGAUUUCUCUCCUCUUGAGAUUUUGUGGACCUUCUCCAUCUACCUGGAAUCCGUGGCUAUCCUUCCCCAGCUCUUCAUGAUCAGCAAGACAGGGGAGGCGGAGACCAUCACCACCCACUACCUGUUCUUCCUGGGCCUCUACCGCGCUCUCUAUCUCGUCAACUGGAUCUGGCGCUUCUACUUUGAGGGCUUCUUUGACCUCAUUGCUGUGGUGGCCGGCGUCGUCCAGACCAUUCUGUACUGCGACUUCUUCUACUUGUACAUCACAAAAGUACUCAAGGGAAAGAAGCUCAGUCUGCCAGCGUAAGUGCCAAAGACCACCACCAGCAUCUGUCCCUCAGGGUGCUCGGACAGAGUUCUUACCACAGCAAAGGCACAAGAUGCUUGAUACGGAAAAUCAGAAACUUAACUCUUUUGUUCAGAUAGUCAUCAGUGGCUCUGUAGGAACCCCGAGGAAAAGAGCCAGAAGGUUUCUGUUUAAUGCAUCUUGCCUUAUCUUUUUUUAUUACUAUGUACAAAGAUUUUUUUACACAAAGGAACUUAAUGCUGUAUUAAUAAAUUCAGUGUGUAGCUUCAAUUGGGGUAGUUCCAAAAGUGAAGAUUUUGUGAGGAAUAAGUGCAACCUUUUUUUUUUUUAAUUCUUUGAAAUUGUUGAUUCUUUGUGUCUGCAAUGAAAUUGUACUCCCUUGACAGUUGGUAGAUUAUAUAUUCUUCCAUCUAUCAAACUUGCAUUCCACUAUAUUUAUUUUUUGCCAAAAGAUGAGUUAUAUUUGUUUGAAAUCUGAGACACUAUGUUGAAUUUGGUAUAUCUGUUCAAAUUUCUUCCCACCUAACGUGGCCAUCGUUCCUUGGACAUGACAACACUACACGUAAGGCUGGUAAGGAUGGCUUGCAAGUCUUCUGGUUUUCAUUACCAAAAUUUUAAGAUUCUGAACGUAGAAGGAGUCAGGUUUAAGAGUCCCCAGUGGUGCCCGCCCUCUUCUGCUAAGAAGAGUCAGUGUGAGACUGUCCCGAGGAUGUCGAAGAACUUGGUGGACAGGGGUUCUAGGCCGCUUGCCACCCAGGUGUGGGAUGUGAGGGACGUUGAUUAUGUCCUCUGAGGAACGGAACCCAAGCAGUCACCUGUCACCUUUAUUUUCACUUUCAAAAGAUUACUACAACCAUGUCCAUGCUCAGAUUCACACGGUUUUUCGUAUCACUUUCGGGUAGUAAAUUGAUUUACGUUUUUUUCUUAACUGGCAGCACCAAUUGCCAUUCCUUAUACUCUUUAAAUUUUUUUUGUUUUUGUUUUGUUUUUACUGAGCUCUUGCAUGAUUUAUCUUGUUACCAUCCUCAAUAAACAUGUUAUUAAACAUAGAACAAAUUGUCUUUUUUUUUUUUUUUUUUUUUUUUUUUUUUGUGAAUUAGGCUUUUGGACUAUUCUAUGUCAGGAUGACUUUUUUCAUUUUUUGAUUGGCUACAAAAGCUCAAUAUAGGGCCAUAAACAUUUACUGUCCACUAAUGAAUCUAAAACUAUCUGUAUUUUGAGGAAAAAUUGGAGUUUUUCCUCCUGAUUUUGCUGUUUUAUUGAUCUGCUACAUUUUUUUGAUUUUAUGCAAAAGCAUAUGACUUUGUUUUUAUGUGAUGCACCAUAAAAUGUUGAAGUGUUGAAUACUAACAGUGCUUACUACAGGAUGUAGUAUUUUUGCUUGCUGCAUUAAAAUAGUUUGUGGAAGAAGGGAGCUAGAUGGGUUUUAUUUUUAUCUAGUGUGUCUCUUACCCUCUUUCUGAACUGGCAGUGUAACUGCGUAGUUUAACCUCUUGUCUUUCUCUCUCGUCUUGCUCCCUGCACUCCAUGCCUCAUGGUUUUGCUUUGGUGUAUCCGUAUGUUUCUAGCGUUCUAGUCUUGGUUUAGUUUGUUUUCAUCCUCCCUGGAAGAUUUGAGAGCACGGAGGAAGGGUGGGAAAUUGCCACAGAAGUGGAGCAGACUGCUUGCUGCCCACACUGGGGGUGGGUGGGUGGGAGGCUCACACUGUUUUUGUGCAUGUAAAUCAAACACGAGCUGGGACCGCUUGGGGGAGAGCAUAGUGCAGACAACAAGAUCUGGGACCUCAGCAGGCCGCCUGGCUUGGGAAGUAUCAACGCCUUCUCUAGUCACUGUGCCCACAUAAAAAUAAAGCCGGCCAAGAUGGGACCACCAUUUUGUGGCCAACCAGGAUGACAUCUUCAUAAAUAGGGUGGCUGAGUGGGAGUACGGGACUGGGGCCGCGUCUCCGCACACAUAGGAAACGAAGGCCUUGUAUGAUGCGCUUUAUAAAGCACUGUUUCAGAGUCCCUUUCACGUCUCCAAUAAAGGUUAUCAGGUAAUUAUA